UUUAUCUUCGGCUCUGAUGUCUGAAGAGUCCAGUUUCUCACUCUUUCUGCACCACUUUUAAGCGAGAUUUUUAGAGAGAGAGCGCGCGAAUUUUCAGUGAGAAAAAGCUCAGAGAUACAGAGAGGAAUUGGAGAGAAAGAGAGAGUUCGGGACAUUUGAAACAGUUGUUGAUUUCGAAGCUAGAAGAAGAAUUGCAAUUUCAUCUCAAAGCGUGGAAAGAGAGAGAGGCGAGAAAGUACAGGGCCUUCAAUUCUGCAAUUACAACACUCAUACAAGAACAACAAUACUACAGCUUCCUGGCUCUCGAGAAUUCAUAAUUCUGUUGCUCAGAUCACGCCUUCCAGCUUGCCACUGUGCUCCUUAGCUCCUUAACCUUGACUGCGAUGCAUUUGGUGGCUGUAGCUUUAUGCAUUCAUGGUAUUGAAGUAGAAGACAGUAACUGGACUCUGGAUAAUAAAAAUUAGAUAGCACCGGCUUGAAUGGCGAUCUGUUUAUGUUUAUUUGAGAUCAUUAUGUUAGAAAACCGCAUGUGAUCAUCCAAGUUUCGAUGCGAAAAAACUGUAACAUUACUCUACAAGAUUCUGUGGGAGGAUACCAGAGAAAAGAUUUCGCUGUGUCGUUAGGCAGAAACUUUGCACCACUGGCUUCAAGACCUGGUUUUUGCAGUGAUACCUUGGAAAGCCAACCACCGGAUGCAAAUGGCUAUAUGUUUGGAGGGCAAAAUUUUCAAACAGAGCACUCCCAGCAAGCAUUCUUGGGUGAAAAUACUGUCUAUGAUCCACAUUUCUUGAUGCUGAGAGGCUUAUCUGUUCUAAAAUCACAUCAAGAAUAUGCACCAGUAGACAGUCCAACCCUGACUACUAAUUCUGAGAGAUCUGAAAUUACUGAAGUGUCAACUGACUUCAACUUUCUUGGAGGAUCGCAACAGUUUGUGAGGGGUCAACAACAGCUAGAUACUUCACAACUCCAACCAAUGCAACAGUCUACAUAUAGUGACAUGCAGUUACUGCAGCAGCAAAUGAUGUUCAAGCAGAUGCAAGAUAUUCAUAGGCAGCAGCAACUUCAGCAAUUUGAUGAUGCAAGGCAGCAGGGUUCUCAAAAUCAGAUCUCUGCUUUUGCUAGACAGUCUACAGGGGGUCAAUAUCCGUCCUAUAUUAAUGGAACAUCUGUCUCUGAUUCAUCGGAAAUGCUCAUGAAUAGGGCACAUCUAGGUGCAUCUUCUGCAGCGCAAGGAGUAUAUAAUCAACUAAUGUUUUCUCAGGAGAAAGGUCCAUCCUUGCAUUCAACAUUGUUGGUUCCGCAGCAGCUUGAUGAAUCUAAUUAUAGAACUCCUAUUUCCAGUGGACGGGGUCGCAUGGGUCAAUAUUCUCAGCUCCAGGGAAUAGAUCAUGAUCCUUGUAAUUUGAUGAAUAAGGCUCCUGGUCAUUGCAUGGUGCCUACUAUACAGCCUGUAGCCUUCAGUGACUCCUCUAUUAGUAAUAUAAAUACUGUUAAUGCAGAACAUUUUCCCUUGACCCAAAUGGGUAGAUCCAAACAAGGCUUUCAAGCGAAAAGUCUAUUUGACCAAACUCCAGUUCAAGGUUUGGAUGCUGGAAUGAGAUCAGGUAACAUCCAGCUAAAGAAUUCUUUGCAAACAAAUGGAUCGUUUCCUGAAUUUCAAGAGGGGCAAGAUGGAGCUGGUUGGCUUGGCGCCACCCAGCAAAAAGUCACCCAACUGGAUGUAUCUCAGUAUUUUGUUCCCCUGGAUCCGAUUGAACAAAAUUUCUUAUAUAAUAUGGAUCAUAAUAUGUGGGACAGUUCUUUGGGAAAAUGUACAAAUGUCAAUAAUGAAAGUUUUGAAACUAACCUAGUACAGUCGGAUUGUUCAAAUGCAUUUCCUUCUAUUCAGAGUGGGAGCUGGAGUGCUCUCAUGCAAUCAGCUGUAGCAGAGGCUUCUAGUAGUGAUACUGGGAUACAGGAGGAAUGGAGUGGAUUGACUUUUCAGAAUACAGAACUGUCAACUGAAAAUCAGCAUUCGAACAUAGUGGAUAGCAAAAAGGAGCAAUCGGCUUGGUACGAGAACAGCAUGCACAGUGCAUCUUCUUUAAGUUCAAGGCCAUAUGCAAACUUCAAUGAUUCUGGUAUGAGUUCUAGUUUUCCUGGAUUUCAGCAAUCAGGCAACCAACCCUCUCUUGAGCAUACAGAGCAUCGUUGUCCGGAAGACUCUCAUGAACUAAAUCAGCAUCCUUCUGAAAGCACUGAUGAAUGGCUAGAUAUUAAGAGUGCACAAAAACGACUUGGUGACCAAUCUCAACAUGUUCAACCUCUUGAGCACUUAAACAAUAGCUUUGCAAGUCAGAUUUAUGAGCAGGCUGAAUAUGACAGACCUCCUCAGCAGAUAACAACUUCUCAUGAUAAUAUUAAUCAACCACAUGGAAAUGCACAAGGUCGAGUCGACGAAGUUGCACAAAACCAAAGGGACUAUAGUGAUUUUAGGCACCUUGAAAAUAUGAAGCUUGUUAACAUUUCUUUGAACAAGGAUGAAAAUGACAUCAUGAGAAAAAAGAAAAGUCAGAUAAGUGAUGAUGCUAUUGUUCUACAAAAGUCUUUUGAUAAAGCAGGUGGCUCGUUUAUUGAGAAAUUUCAGCUGAAAGAUAACUGUCGAGACCAGUACAUCUUGAACGAAUUAAGUUCUCGAGGGCAGGGGCAUUUUCAACAGUCAUAUCUUUUUGAUGCUUCUUUGAACGCUAUGAACUUGAAGAAGGAGCACUUAACUGGUUUUAAGAGGAAUUUAAAAUCGUCAGAUGGUACUCCUAGGGGCAAUCUGGAUACAUCUACCAACUUCUGCCAAUCAACCGGCUCAAAUGGCCAAAAUUUAUACAACCAAACAUGUGAAAAUGUGCAUGGGCAUCUUCAAAAUGUUGACCAGUCUAAGGAAAAUAGUGCCACCCCCCAUUAUAGUUCCGUUGGCUCUAGUCCCUUAUCUAUGAUGGCCGAUGGAGUAUUUCCAAAUCCGUCUAUUUCUCAGCAUCACAAUCAGUUCACAUCUCAAGCUUUUUCUGGGAGAUUGCUUCAUCCAUCGCAACAGCUAUCAUAUUCUAAUCAAAUCUCUUCACCUCAAGGGUUACCUCAAUUUUCAAGCAAUCUGGAUCCAAGACCAGUAAAUUCUGGUUAUGUACAGAAAAAUCAGACUCCGUUAGCUCCCUCAUCUUUUGUUCAGUCUAUGCAUCCGUCAAAUGAGUCAUUGCAAAAUGUGCAUUGGGAUGAGAAGCCACAUUGUUUGGAAGAGGCAGAAGCUGCUACUUCAUUAUUCCUGCCGGCUCAUUAUGUAACAGAUGAAAAUCAAGGGAAAUUUGCCUCUGGUGCACCUGCAGCAAGUUUGUCUGCACAGGCUUCAUUGCCAGGUGCUGCUUCGAGAUAUCCACAAUUUGGCCGGUCUUCCUCUCAAGAUACAUCUGGACACACCAACAGCAAUAUGAGUGGAAAACAGUAUCCAAUUUUUGAGGCCCAUCCUAUCUCUCAGCCUCUAUCUAUGUCAAGAAUAGGCCAACAGGGUGGAUUGUUGGCAAGGCAGCAAAAUCUUUGGGUAAAUAACACAAGUCAGCAAAACAAUGCAUCGGCAGAAGCUAAUAAGUUUGGUUCAUUAAACAAUACUCUUGAGGGUACUUCAUUGACUCCACUGGGAUUCAACGAUCAAACUUCCCAAAAAUUGGGACUCCAAUUAUUGGAAUCUGACAUGAUUCCUACAAAUUCACUGGAUUAUGGCUUUAAGGAUGAGAUACCAGAGCAGAGAACUAAAUCUGAUGUGUAUAGGCAGAUGACUUUACUGGCAGAUGGGUUGGCAAGGAAGAAUAAUAAUACAAAUGCUUUCCCGUCUGGCUUAUUACCGGUUCAUCCACAUCAGCAAGAUUUUAAUAGAGUGCAAAUUGAGGAAAACAUUGGAUUAACCACCUCUGAAAGAGAUCCUCUAUUCGACAACUUUUCUAAAUUGCCUCACGUUGUUUGUCAACAAUACUCGUUAGAAAAAGUUAAACCGAUGAAGAAUGUGGAGACUGAGCCAAAGGGAGUUCAAGUUGCUCGGCUGGUAACUACAAUGUCAAAAGAAAAUUCAACUAGAGAAGACCCAAAGCAUGGACAAGCUUUUACAUCGGAGAAAAACUACAUGCUGUCUGAAAAUAGAAAAAUGCUAAACUUGUUGGCUGGAGGAGCAAGAGAAGAUUAUCAAGUGAAGCCUUUGUCUGAGAAUCCACCAAAUACAUGUUCAAGAGGUUUUACUUCAGAUGGCCGAAGUGACCCUGCGAAUGAAUUUGAUAGAAAAAAUAUGGAAGGUAAUAAUGAAGAAAAUUCUCAGAUCAAUCCUCUGCCAGUAUCUUCCUGGUUUAAGUUCAGAAAUGGGCAGAUGCCUUCAAUGUACAACGAGCUGCUCGCAAAGCAUCCUGGUGGGCACUUCUCUCUCUUGAACCCUUCGGAAAAUCUAAUGAAACAGUCAUCCCUGGAUGGAAUAGAUUCUACAGAUGUUAAUCAGAGUGGUAGGGUUUGGUCAACUGCUGCUACAACCAUGGUGGCAUCUGACCUGACAGGCCCGUAUGGACUGCCAUCUACUCUCACUGAUAAAACUGCGGCCAUUGUGAGUAAAAAGCGUAAACUUGACUCCUCUGAGCUUCAACCUUGUCAUUUAGAAGUCCAAGGCUCUCGGAGGAUUUUGAAUAGCAGUGUGGCAGAACAAGAAUGGGCGCAAGCCACAAACCGGCUGACAGAAAAGUUGGUAAAUGAAGUUGGGAUGGUUGAAGAUGGACACGUGAUGUUUCGAUCAAAGAGAAGGCUUAUCAUGACAACACAGCUGUUGCAGCAGUUAGUUUAUCCUGCACCAUCAUUCAUCCUUUCAGCGGAUGCCUCUUCUUUCUAUGAUAGUACGAUGUACUUUGUCUUAAGAUCAUCAUUAGGGGAUACGUGCAGCCUGAUGAGUGGUCAAAGAAAUGAUCGGUGCGUCUCUCUUGAUAACAGAAAUGUAACGUCCGAAGAACAUGAAACCGUAAAAUGUACUGAUGAUAAGUACAUAGUGGAGGCCGUGGAAAGUUUCUGCGCUAGAGCUGGGAAACUGGAAAAUGACUUGCAAAGAUUGGAAAGGACAGCCUCCAUUGUGGACUUAAUGGUUGAAUGUCAAGAUUUGGAGCGAUUUUCUGUCAUUAAUCGUUUUGCGAAGUUUCACAUACGUCAAGCAGAACUCUCUGGAAAUGUAUCAUCAAAUGGAUUAGUUACAUUGGCACCAAAAUCAUGCCCCCAAAGAUAUGUAACUGCACACCCCAUUCCCAGUCAUCUUCCGGAGGGUGUACAAUGCCUUUCCCUGUAGCAAUAGUUAAUUGGACCCUCACAGCUAAUUCCCUAGUCACAUCUACAUACAAACCAUAUCCUGCCCGUUCUUUUUGUCUAUGAUCUCUGCAUUGACAUGAUGUGGCACCGUAGAAGAAACAGGAUACAAGAAUAGAUUCAUAUGGUGGAAGCUUUUGAUAAUUGAGGCCAUCCAUUCUUUCUCAAAUCUAGGCCAAACCGUUGUUUAUUUUGGUAAAGUACAUAGUGUUAUCAUGUAUCAUGUAAAUUUUCAUGAAUUUCCCAGGGGGAACAAGUUAUUCUGAAGUGAACUCUUCAGAGAGGAUGAUGUUGGGUAUGGUUAUCGUAUAUCGCGUUUCCAAUACGUAAAUUAGAGAAACUAUCCUGCCAAUUUAUUGCUCUGUGUA